AACAUCUUCUCUCUCUUCACUUUCUCUCUCUACACCCUCCUGUAUCUAUAUGUGUAUCUAUCUGUUUCCAACCUGCAUUCUAUAUAUCACAUCCCAAUCUCCAUUCCUGAUUCCUCCCCAUCUAUAUACCCAACCAACUCACACAAAUUCAGACCAGUGAAUGAUGCCUUCCUCUCUUCAGCUUCACAGAAUCAAUCCCUUAAACCACACCGGCUGCGCCGCCGCCGUCGGUUUGCACCAGAAACACUCUAAGCCGACGUGGGUCUGUCCGGUUUCCGGCGAGGUGCCGGAGAAUGUACUCCACCACCACACCCACGCGGUGUUGGCCACCCAGUGCUGCUCGGCGGUGGUACGGGCGAUCGAGGCACCCAUAGACACUGUCUGGUCGGUGGUGCGACGCUUCGACACGCCACAGGCGUACAAGCACUUCCUGAAGAGCUGCCACGUCAUCGUGGGCGACGGCGACGUGGGCACUCUCCGGGAGGUGCGCGUUGUCUCGGGCCUGCCGGCGGAGUCGAGCACGGAGAGGCUUGAAAUCUUGGACGACGAGAAGCACGUGAUGAGUUUCAGCGUGGUGGGUGGCGAUCACCGACUGCAUAACUACCGCUCCGUCACCACUCUCCAUGCAGCGCCACCGCCUCCGAGCGGUGGCGGCGGGACGGUGGUGGUGGAGUCGUAUGUGGUGGAUAUACCACAAGGGAAUACGAGAGAUGAAACCUGCGCGUUUGUGGAUACAAUCGUGAAGUGCAAUCUGCAAUCGCUGGCUCAGAUCGCUGAGAAUUUGGCCAAGAAAGAGAGUAAAUGAUCUCAACUUAUUUUAUGUAUUUCUUGGUUGGAUUUUAUUUAUUUUAUUUUUUCAUCUUUUUUCAUGAUGAACAGUCGAUUUUAAUUUCUUUGUAGAUCAUGGAUAUGAUGAUAUAGGGUUUAAUCAUAGAUUUUCUGAAAUAUAUGGGCUUGAUUUUAUAUUUUCAA